CUGGAAUCAGGUUAUUUACAACAUGUUUUUAACGUGUUUGAAAGAUUAGGAUAUGUCAAUGGCAGUCCUUUCUCUGAUUGGGAAGUUUUAUGGUCACAUGAUUAUCCGUUUGUUUCUUUAUCAAAGCAUGUAUCAGAUCUUAAGCCAUAUCAAAAGGUCAACCAUUUUCCUGGAUCAGGCUAUAUCACAAAUAAAGCCAGUUUAGCUUCAACAAACAUGCCUUUUAUACCUAAAGCCUUUAAAAUGCCUGAAGAAAAAAAGAAAUUCCUAGAAUAUGUAAAUAAUCAUCAAGAUACAAUGUGGGUGAAGAAAGGCAAUCAUCAUAGAGGUAUUGAAAUAAAAAGUGUUCAAGAAUUAGACCUAACACAAAAAGGAACAUUUAUACAAGAAUAUGUUGCCAAACCAUAUCUUAUAGAUGGAAAAAAGUUUGAUAUUGGUAUAUAUACAAUAUUGACAUCUAUUAAUCCAUUAAGAUUAUAUAUUGUGAAUGGUGAAGUACUUGUGAGAUUUUGCGCUAAAAAAUACCAUCCAUUUGAUCCAAAAACAAAAGAACAAUAUGUUGUUGGUGAUAAUUAUACUCCAAUGUGGCAGGUGCCUUCAUUGAAGGAAAUAUUUACUGAGAUGGAAUUUAGCUUUAAAAAUACUCUACAUUAUCAAAUCUCAAAUAAAACAUCAGAGAAUAGAGCUAAUCAAAUGUGGUCUGAUAUUGAAGAAGCUAUAUUAACUGUAUAUAAAGACAAAGAAUCUAAAUUAAUAGAAUCUGCAGCAAAAUACAAAACUACUAGGAAUUUUUUUGAGAUGGUCAGAUUUGACUUUGUUUUAGAUGAAGAUUUAAAUGUAUAUUUAAUGGAGGCUAACAUGUCACCUAAUUUAUCCUCCAAUCAUUUUAAAGAAAAUAAAAGAUUAUAUGAACAUGUGAUAUAUAAUAUGUUAGGUUUAGUUGGAAUUGGUAGAUCUGUUACUUCUCAUUAUCAUAGAAGUGCUGAUGAUGUUCAAGAGAUGUUAGUAUCUAGAAAAGAUAUUAGUGUUUUUCCUGAAUUCUGUAUUAAACAUUGUUUACAGUCAUGUUUACAGUUGGAGUGUAAAAUAUGUUCACAUUGUUUAACUACAAGUUUAGAAAGUACUUUAAAAACAGCAUAUUUAGAACAUAUGAAUAAAGGUUCAUGUAAAAGAUUAUUCCCACCAAUAAUGGUAGGUGACAAAGUAUUCCAAAGUCUUAAAAAGACCAAUAAAUUAAUGCAGAUAUGGUUUAUUGGUAAAUGUCGUCAUAAUCCAUCCUUCUGUAUUUAA